AUUGGCAUAGCUAGAAAUACAAGAUGCUCCUUCGAUUAUCAACUCUCUUGUUUACUCUGCUGCUUUUUGGCUGCGGGGACGUGCGAGGAGCAAAAAUCCUGGCCAUCACAACAGUUCUCUCGCCAAGCCAUGGAAUUUGGAACCGAGCCCUUCUUGAAGCUCUGGCAGACAAAGGGCACGACGUGACAAAUCUCACUCCGUUUCCAGCAAAUAACAAAACAGGCAUAAAUUAUCAUGAUGUUGGAGUGCUUUACGAAGAAGACGAUGUUAUGGAAUUUGCCAAAAUAGGAAUCAUGGCACGUAUCAAGUCCUUCUGGGACGUUUCCGAGAUCGUCCGACCUCAGCAAGCCCAGUCCGAAACCGUGAAACGAAUAUUGACCGACAAUAAUGAAAAAUACGAUUUGGUAAUUUUUGAAACAUGCUUGAGUGACGUCUUUGCAGCAAUCCUGCCCAAAUUCGAAGCACCCAUUGUAGCAAUAGAUGCGUAUGCCGACGGUUGGUGGGAUUGGGAGUUAAUGGGUGUUGACAACAGUCCAGCUAUUUUCCCAGGACCAACUCUUCCUUACAAAUACCCCAUGACUUUUUUGCAGCGAGUGACCAAUUUUUUGGCAAACUGCUACGAAAAAUACUGCAGGAAAAAAUAUCUCCGAGGCCAACAAAAUCUCGCAGAAGCUGUUUUCGGAAACCAAGCUGCUCAAAUCAAAGAGGUCGAGCAAAACUAUGAUUUUUUCUUGGUCAACAACGGACCUCCAGGAGUGGACUUAGGAAGGGCUUUGCCUCCGAAUUUCAAAGAAGUCGGAUGUUUGCAUUGCAGACCUACUGACCCAAACAAACUUCAAAAGGAAGUAAAAGAGUUUCUAGACAGCGCAACUGAAGGAUUCAUUUUCUUCAGUCUUGGGUCUAAUAUAAAAAGUCGUCUGCUCCCAGAUGAGGUGAAAAAGGGAAUAUUGGAGGUGUUCGGUUCUCUCAAAUUGAAGAUUUUAUGGAAAUUUGAAGAUGAUGAUUUGCCUGGCAAACCGAAAAACGUCAUGAUCAACAAGUGGCUCUCACAACAAGAUAUCUUGGGCCACAAAAAUUUGAAGAUUUUCAUCACUCACGGUGGCCGCCUGAGUACGCAAGAGGCUAAUUAUCACGGCGUGCCCCUGGUGGUGGUGCCUGUUUUUGCCGAUCAGCACAAAAACGGAGAACACGCCGUGAACGCGGGUGUUGGUGUGAAACUUAAUUUUCUGGACUUUGAUAAAGAAAAAUUUGCGGAGUGCAUUCAAGAAGUGCUGGAAAAUCCUGCAUAUUUGAAAAACGCCCAGAGAAAUUCAGCAAUCGCCCGCGACACAAUGCACACGCCGUUGGAGGAAGCGGUCUUUUGGGUCGAGUACGUUAUUCGUCACAAAGGGGCCAAACACCUUCGGCCCGCCGGCCAACACCUUAACUGGAUCCAACUGCAUUCAAUUGAUGUUAUUGCAUUUUUACUGCUGCCAAUUUUAUUCACCCUUUACGUCUUAAAAACGUUUCUAAGCUGUUUCUCAAAGAAAGAUAAAAUUAAAAGGAAUUGAAUAAUAAAUAAACGU